CUUUAAAAACCAAACACAGAGCACUGAGCUCAGAGAACCUAGUGGGAGGCCAGAGCUUUCUUUCUUACUCUCUCUCUUUCUCUCUGCCUCUCUCUCUCUCACACACACACACACACACCGAAGGAAAGAAAAGACGUCAGGAGCAGAGCAGCUGGAGGUCUUUCAGAUGUUCUUUAGAAGAUACCAGUGACACGAGUACAGAGACAAAGACAGCAACAUGGAGAACGGGCGAAGCCGGCUACAGCAGGCUCAGCAGGAUGUGGAGGAGGUUCGAGAGAUCAUGUUGGAUAAUUUGAACAAGGCCAACGAGAGGGAGGGGAAACUGGGAGACUUGGAAAACAGAGCUGACCAGUUACUGGAACAGAGCAAGGUUUUUUCCAAAACGGCAAACCAAGUGAAGCAAAAGAAGCAGUGGGAGAACAUAAAGAUGAAGGUGAUCCUGGCCAUCAUCGUCGGAGUCGUGGUGAUGGUGGUCAUUGUUACGGCCGUCAGCCUGACAGUUGGUUCCGGUUGACCGGGAGACGAAUGGCUUCAUUUUGGCAGGUUGCUCAGGAACUCACUUAGUCGGGUCAUUUGAUAAACGCGGGCAUCGGGAGUCAUGCUAAAGCGUCGUAUUUGUCCUGUGCUAAAACCUCAAAGGAUCUAAAGGUACUUGAUGUCUUUGCUUCCAUUUCUACAUAUGUAACAUCUGUAACUGGCCUCUGUGACACAUCAAACAUGAAUAGUUAACCAAACAGACGUGUGGAGGAACCGGUGGAUCUGGACAUUGAGCUGAAAGUGAAAGUGAAGAACCUUUGCAGCUUUUCCGCUGAAUGUCGAUGCUGGUCAUGCGGUUACUCUUCAAACUGAGGAAUAAAGACUUCUGGAUUUGGUGUGUCGCUGUGUGGGAUCAGUAACCUUACAGAAUCUCUUAGAAAAUAAAGGUUCCCUGUAUCAACCAGCCAUUUUUUGCCAUCACAGGUCUACCGUCAGCGGAUCUUCAUCACAUCAGUCUUAUAGUCUGUUAAAGAACACGAUCUGGUUCAGUCUGUCCAACACUGAUUUUUAAAAGCUUUAAGGAAAACCAUCCAACCAUUCAAAAGAACCAUCAGGGAACCUUUUUUUUCUAAGACUGCAAGCACAUUAUAAUUAUGGUAUCAGUAUUAUAUAUAAAUAUUAUAGGUUUUUUGUCUGUAGAAGUUAGUAAACCUCCAAAAACUGCCAUUCUUGUUAUUCAUCACUGGAAACAUUACAGUAUCUGAUGUGUCUGAUUAUGGUUGUCUGAAAUUCAUGCUGCUAAUAAAAAGCAUAUUUUAUCAA